AUGAAGCUCUCGUCCAACAUCGCCCUGGCCACCAUGGCCGCCCAGGCCUCCGCCCUGGUGCAAAUCGAGGUCAGAUACAGCGACACCAUGAUCGAAGUCGGAAACCUCGACCUAUUUGCCGUCACCUACCAGGCCAUCUACGAUGAGGAUGGCAACCAGCGCUCAGUCAUGAUGGACCGCUCAUACGGCACCUUCGACAACACUUGCAAGUCCGCCGAGGAGCCCGACCCAGACCUGAACGUGCAGGUCAAGGUCAACGGCGCCUGGGGACGCACGCCCGGGCUGGCGGACAACGAGAUGCGCGAGGGCCUGGUGGCGGCCAUGUGGGAGGCGCUGCAGGCCGUGACCAACCCCUCGGGCUACGAGGUCUUCUCCGAGUGCCGCGGCCUCGACUGGCAGGAGAGCGUCGGCUACACCGACACCGCCGCCUGCGGGCCCGAGAGCUCGCGCAACUGCGAGGAGCCGUGCAGCAAGGAGGGCUCGCCCGGCCUGGCGCAGUGCAUGAAGCACUCGUGGGGCCACCAGGUCCCCUCGUCCAUGCGCGUCACCGCCUACAUCGACGACCAGCUGCAGGCUGACGACCUGAUCAUCGAGUUUGCCUCUGCUAGGACCCCCAAGGAUGGAGGUUGCGGCAUCAUCGGGGACAUUGCUGGUACCCUUGCUGGGUAUGUCAUCCCCGUCGCCGGUGGCCUGUUCGCCAAGGGUAUCUCCAUUGGCUGCAGCAGCUAA